AUGACUGCGCAAUCACCCCCGAAGCGUCGUGCUCGCUUAUCAUCCAGCACCCAGGACAACGACGAUGCGGCUCUUAAGGCUCGUCGCGAGCGCAACCGCGAAGCCCAAAAUAUCUUCCGUCGCCGCCGCCAAGCUGCCGAAGCAGCCCAGGCUCAGCGCGUCCGUCGUCUCGAGCAAGUUAUCGAGGAAAUGAGCUCUGUCUUCAUGACCUUUGUUGACGAGAUGCUCACCACUGAAGCCGUUGUGAGCAGUCAGCCGAAUCUGGUAGGGAGCUUGAGGCGCAGUAUGGAGAAGAUCUUGGAGUUGGCGCACGAGGUUGUUGGACCCGAGGAGGACCUCGUCAUGCUUCCAAGGUCUAACUCUCCUAGCGAAGAGAGGAGAGCGGGAGGGAGUUCAGGGUCGCCAGAGAGUGAGCAGAGUGAAACGACGUCAGAUUCUUCAGGCUCGUUGGCUGUCACAGUGAGAAGGGUUCAGCCGACGCCACAACCUAUUGCCUCGACAUACACAGCUUCUAUAGCGGCACCAACGCCAGCGUCACACUUUUCUAGUCUCUAUCCCCAUCAGUUCCAGCAGCCACCCAUGGCGAAACCAUUCACAGUCCCAUUCUCCCUGUCUCCUCAGAUCUUCGGUAACGGCUGGCUCGGUACAACGCCCGCUUCCAACGGCGACGUCACCACGUCGUCGCCUUCACCCUCGACAGCCCAGUCCUCGUUCUCAUUCCGCCUCGCCAGCACCGCUUUAACAGUAGCCUGUCAUCUCUUGGUAAGAUCGCAUGCCCAGUACUCCAUGAGCGCCCCCGAAUCACGUCUCUUCUGCAACACCCUCAAAGGUCGCGCGAAAGACGAGAUGCUCACCCGUUUACGCUGGCUCAUCGGUCCUGGAAAACACGAGAUGCAUCGCGUUAUUGAUCUACCCUAUGGACGAUAUGGUCACCACGUAUACACCAACGGAGAGCUCAAUCCUGCAUCGGUGGAAGACAUUGAAUGGCCAUGGCCAACACGUGGUGCCGGCGGACGCAUUGAUCAUUUCACGCGAUUCUUCAGCAUCGUCGGAGUCGAGAAACAACUUCUUGCACUAGGCGCCCGAGUCGUGGAUGUUGAAACACUGGAACUCAAUCUGAACAGCUCGCCGAUGCCGAAUGUCGUAGAUGCUGUGCCGAAGCAGCCCGAAAGCUGGAGUUUCGUCAACUGCUUCUCGUUUCCGCCGCAGCCGAAAAAUAGUCCUGUGACGGUGCGUUUGAGCAUACCUAAGCUCAUCACGUCUCUUGCUACGAGAUCUGUUUGUUUGAUGAGAGGGCCGGGAAUCCCUCGGGCUGAGAUUGGAAGUGCAAUUGAGGAAGCCAUCAUAAAGCCUUGA